AAUUAUUAAGACUAAAUUUACUACUUUACAGUAAGAAGAAUUAGUUCAACAGGUUGUUUAAUAUGAUUUCAAUUAUGUGAAUCAUUUUCUCUAGAUCACCAAAGAAAAGCUGAAAGCAUUAGACGACCGUUUCAUCUGAGCAUAAGACUCUUCAGUAGUGAACAUCCAUGAUUCCGCUUCUCGAGAUCCUCAAAACCUCUCUUUGAUUAUAAUUAUAACCAGGGUGAAAUAUAAGUAUCAUAUGUCAUUUGUACAUAUCAUCUUUUCAUAUGCUCAGUCUUGAAGAGGAGAUUUGUAAUUUCUCUUAAAAGAAAUAGAAGUUCAUAUUGUAAAUAUUUAAUUGAUUCAUGUAACGUGAAAGGAUUUGGAUACGCAUGAAAUUUGAAUCAUAAGCGUAAAAUGUAUAGUCGGAUAACUUAACAUGUUUCUCAUACAAAACCACUACUAUUAGAAUAUUAAUUUGAUUAAUAAAUAUUCAGUGCUAAUAAUACCAAUGAGUUCAAUAACCAACGACAAGUCAGUAACCGGAUAUGGUUGUACCAAAUACGCAGACAAACUUCAUCAGUAUAUAUGUGAUCAUUCACUGCGUCUUUCUGAAGCACAAAAGUGGUUAUUACAAGAGACUAUGAAAGAUCCAAUGUCAUUUAUGCUUUUCUCUAGCAUAGAAAUGCAACUUCUAUCAAAUUUGUGUUAUGCGAUAAAUGCUAGAAAGACAAUUGAUAUUGGAGUUUAUACUGGAUAUAGUUCAUUGUCUGUGGCGGAAGUAUUGCCAUCAGAUGGACGUGUAGUAGCCUUGGACAUAACAGAUGAAUAUUUGAAAGACUAUUGUUUACCAGUAUGGAAGAAGGCAGGUGUAGAAUCGAAAAUUGACUUUCGACUCGGUCCAGCUGUUGAUACUCUACAAACUUUGAUUGAUAAUGGAGAGAGUGAAACAUUCGAUUUCGCCCUGAUCGAUGCUGAUAAAGAAAACUAUAGUAAUUAUUAUGAACUAUGUUUAAAACUAGUACGACCUCGUGGAAUCAUCGCCAUUGAUAAUGUUCUACGGAGGGAGAGGGUGCUUGACGAGAAUGAUAACAGUCCUGAAACUGUUGGUGUACGAGAAAUGAAUGCUUUGAUAGCUAAAGAUAACUCUGUUCGAAUUUCUCUCUUAAGAACUGGAGAUGGACUGACAAUUGUUGUGAAGAAUUGAUUCUUGUUACGAUUGUUUACAGAAUGGUUACAUUCAGACAGACACAUAUUCAUUUGAUUGAUAAACCGAAUUACUUUGAUCACUAUCUUACAUAAAUAUUUCCAUUACUAUAUUGUCAUUUUCAAUCAUCGCUGCAUAUGUAUGUUGUUGUAAUAAAACAUUUCUAUGAAGGG